UGGACGUGCACGUCGUACAUGGAUAAAACUGUGAAUGGGAUUACCCGCUAGACACGCCGCUCCGUACACCGCCCGUUGACUCGGAAUUCCUCGUCACCCUUCAUCAUGACCAAGGAUAGAUUAGCGGCCCUCGUCGCGGCCCAAUCGGACGACGACGAUGUGGCGGACGAUGUGUCCGUCAACGUCGGGGCGCCGGAUGACUUCAUGACGGAAUUUUUUGCGGAGGUGGAGGAGAUCCGCGAAAUGAUAGAUAGGAUCCAGACGAAUGUGGAAGAUGUGAAGAAAAAGCAUAGCGCCAUUCUCUCCGCACCACAGACUGACGAGAAGGUGAAACUAGAACUCGAAGACCUGAUGUCUGACAUUAAGAAAACCGCUAACAAAGUGAGAGCCAAAUUAAAGGUAAUAGAGCAGAAUAUCGAGCAAGAGGAGCACACGAACAAAUCAUCGGCGGAUCUGAGGAUACGCAAAACUCAACACUCGACGUUGUCCAGGAAGUUUGUCGAGGUAAUGACGGAGUAUAAUCGGACACAGACCGAUUACAGGGAGCGGUGUAAGGGGAGAAUACAACGACAGCUCGAGAUCACGGGGAGAACGACCACCAAUGAGGAACUCGAGGAGAUGCUGGAACAAGGAAAUCCAGCCGUCUUUACGCAAGGGAUCAUCAUGGAAACGCAACAAGCAAAACAAACCCUUGCGGACAUCGAGGCGCGUCACGCUGACAUCAUUAAACUCGAAAACUCCAUCAGAGAGUUGCACGACAUGUUCAUGGACAUGGCCAUGUUGGUGGAGAGUCAGGGCGAGAUGAUAGAUCGCAUAGAGUACCAUGUGGAACACGCGGUGGACUACGUGCAGACAGCCACGCAGGACACCAAAAAAGCACUCAAGUAUCAAAGCAAAGCCCGACGGAAAAUGAUCUUCAUCAUAAUCUGCGUCCUAAUAUCGGCGGUUAUAUUAGUCGCCAUAAUAAUAGGGUGCCUUCCGGGAAGCUAAACGGCCGAGGGGGGUGUUUUUUCUGUGGGAGAAGGAAGGGUACGGAGGGGGGAGGGGGGAGGCAAACGCGGGAGAUUUCGAAAUUUCGAAGAAGGCAGAGAGAGAAAAGAAAAAUAAAUGCAACGCGGCAGCAAAAACGUCUUAAGAGUAAUAUUAAUAAUAGUAAUAAUAUAAUAAUAGUAAAAUAACAAUAAUAAUGCAGAAAUUUAAUUGCGAUUAACUUGGGGGAAAAUAUGCGAGAUCGAUCGGAUGUGCAGUGUGAUCAGAAGUUUCGGGGUAGGAGGGAAACGCUAGAUGUUGGAAUAAUUGUGGUGGCGGUCGCCUAUGAGAGCUGUGAACGUCCUUAAGAUCGCACGUGCGCUAAGCCGAAAGAAACAAAGGGAAAUAGAAAUGCAAAUAAUAAAACGAAUGUCCCGCGCUGAUCCUAAUAACACACGUCUUUCCGUAAUCUUACGAUGAUAAUUCUCCGACUAAUCUCUGUAAUGAACGACUAAUUAACGUAUAAUAAUUCGCACUCAUCGCAUCCGCUCAUUUCGUUAACAGUAAGUACACUUCAUUACAACGCUCGACGUUCCUUCGGAUCGUGGAUAUAUUGAAAUGGCAAUGCGAUCUCGCCGAGAAGUGACAAUUUUCGAUUCCCGGGCAUUCCCCGUCUUAUCAGUUUUAUUUGUGCGAAUAAUCGAUAAUUGUGCUUGUGACUAACUGCAAAUAGAAACUGUAAAGACGUGGAAAUGGCCCGAUUUCUGAAGGAAACUCGAGAUUAUCGUCGAAAAUCGUUUAUCGUCAUACACAUUCGUCAUUUGCCAUUUAUUUGACAAAGUAACGAAAAUUUCGUUCCGUACUUCGAGAUAUACGAAAUUAAUUGGCGAAGGAUAAUGUAUUUAGCAGCACUUUGAUUCAAGUCCUUUCUAUUUGUCGAGUAUAUUUACAUACUUGUAAUGUGUGUGUAUGUGUGUGUAUACGCAUAUAAUGCUAAUACUUAUCAAAAUUCGUCGAUGAGGCGCGUACACGUGUAAAUCUAUUAGAUUAAUUAGAUCUCGUCUCCAAGUUUGCUACAUUUGUUACAUUUUUUUUAUCUAUAAAUUCUGUGAAUAAUCCGAAUGUUAAGGCAAUUCCAAAAUCUGCCAUUUAUCGAUAACGAUAUAAUGUUUAAAAACUAAAAAAUUUAAUAAAAUUUUUGUCAGGAUAUUCGUUCCAUAUCGAGUAAGAGAUCCAAAGAUUGCAAAGAUAAAUAUGGAACGUUCUGUAUAAUAUAAUAUCUAUUAGUCAUUGAAUCAAAGCAAUAAAACGUGGAGGAGAUAGCGGAAGAAUAUUAUCAGCACAGAUUUGGGAGACAAAUGUGCUAGCUGGAUAAACACGAGCGUAAUAGUAGCUUUUAUAGACACUUUUUAAUUAAGUAUCUAAUAAUAUUAAUUAAACGCUCGAAGUCGGAACUGUCAUUUCAUCUCGAACGUUCAUCCGCAUAGGUUUCAGUCACACAGAGCUAUCAUUCCGUUUCUCUUUUCUUUUCUCCUUGUUUUUCCAAGCGGUCACGGAAUUAUUUUAUUUUGCAGAAAUUGUUCCUGAUAGCGAUCUGCGUGAUAAUAGCGGUCAUCAUUCUGAUUAUCAUUCUGGCAGUUUCUUUACGUUAGUUUAAGCGUGCGCGCGCGACAUUGGCGACAGAAAAAAAAAAGAAAUAAACACAUUCGCAGAAUUUAACGGAGCAAAAUGGAUCGAUCGAAUCGGGGAUGAGACAGGUAUUUAGAUUGCUGAAAUGCCCGCCAUACCUCACUCUUGUCUUGUCCCUCUGAUAACAAGUCAGGAUCGUAAUGGAGAUUGACGUUGAUCGCAUCAAUCUUAAAUCUUUGUCGGGAAGUUCGGACACGCAUUCGGUUCCCGAGAUAUCGCCGAUAUAUCCCGCACAAGACCGUUACGUUUAUUUAUUAUUGAUUCUUAAUAAAUUUUACGUAUUUAUACGUUUAUUUAUUGUCAGUCGUAAUGAAUUCUUAAUUUUUUUUGCGAUCUCUCACGCUUAUUUUAACCUCGGAUUAAUUAAUUGUAUAUCGAGUAUGGCGAUGCUCAGAAUCCAUCGUGCGAACAUGACUUCCCGGAGAAUGUGUCUCGUAGGUAUCGUGAACGUCGUAACGGGAAGUGAAAACUGGGAACGGUGAUGACACGUGUGUUGCGAGUCUCGGUUAUACUAAGCAAAUUAUCAUUUAGUGAAGACUCGCAACGGAAUGUUUUUUUUCUAUUGCGCCUCGAUACGUCAGAAAGCGCGCAAAAUCACGAUGUUAAUUUCUAUUAAACUUUGUUGAAGGAACUGUCUUUUGCUAAGAAAAAAUUGAUACAACAAUUUAUAAACUUGUGGAGCGAUGGUUCUUGAAAUGUUCAAGAAAAUAUGGUGCUCGUACACAAAAGCACUGUGUUUGCUUAAAAUGCGCUGUCGUGUACCAUAAGUUUGCGUAGAUGUGGGGGUAAAAAAAAACCGAGAAAAAUUAUCGAGGUUGGUAUUUUCUUUAUAACGAAUAAGCAUAGCCGCCUUUCCUCGUAUUCGGGCGCACCCUCGCACUGCCUUUUUUUUUACUUUCAUUAUUUUUGCCGCUUCACCGUUCGUAGUUCCAGUUCCAAAGCAAGCAAAUAACGAAGGCGACGAUUGCACAAAUCGUAAAUCAUGCGCGACACGCGAGUUCGAACACGUGCACCUUUUUUCAAAUCGUUCGCAGACGAAGCUCGUUAAUUUCUGACGAAAAAUUCUCGUAUUAUUCAAUACAAAGUGCAGCGACAGCAAGCUGAAACUAUUCGUGACUUUUUAUUUCAUGUUUUUUUCUAUGUUUAUUACCAACGAAUAUUGAUAAUCGAUUUCAAGUAUCAUCGCUAAAUAAAUCAGUAAUACAUGUAAUAGUCAGAAUUACUAAAAUGAGACGUUAAAAUAUUUUACGUCGAAAUUUUCAAUCUCGUCCGCUUAUUAGCGAAAAAUUAGUGCAAUUAUUUGAAUUGAGUAAAGUCAGCAAAAAUUAUCACAUUAAACUUAGAAUUAAUUUAAAGACAUAUCUCUAAAUAUGGCACACAGUUAUUUAUUAAAUUAGGAGAUCUAUACAAAUUAAAUAAGUUCAAAAAGUUAAAUUUAGUAAGUCUUUAGAAAAAACUUGCACAUUUCGGUCUUAAUCUUGACAUAUAUUCAAUUCAUUUCUAAAUAAUUUUGCCUUUUUAAUAAUUAGAAGGUAGUAUCAUAUAGUUACUAAUUUUUGAUAUUUGAAGUUAAAGUUUAUGGUGAUAAAUCAUUACAUUAAGAAACAUAUUAGGAUAAUCUUAAUCUAAUAUGUAUUGCCGUUAGAUAAAAAAAUCUAAAUGUUUAAUAUUUUUAAAAAUUAAAUAUUUUUCCUCUUUUAUAAUAAAACUUAACUGAUACAAGACCGAACAGAAGUAAUAUCAUAAAAUUGUUGUUUUCCAAACAGUUUUUAAAAAUAGAACAAGAUCCACUUGUUUAUCUCUCUCAAAGAAUAGCAAUUAUAGCAAAGGAACAUAAAUAACAUUUACUUUUCACUGUUUUUGAAUAUAAUGUGUAUAUUAUAAGAAAAUAACAUUUUAAGACACUUUAUAAUGCUUGAUUUCAAUUUUGAUUACAUAUUUUUAACUUUAAAUAUCUUAGAAAUUAUAAGAAACUAUGUGUGCCAUUUAAUUAUUAAAACAAAGUUAUUCGAUGCAACAUAUUUUUUGUGAUUUGUCUCGUGAUCGAAUCGUUCUCCGUUCAUCAGGGAAUGAGAACCAAUAUACAAGAAGAAGAAGAAGGCACAAAAUCUCAAAUCCUGCUCCAUUAAGUCCAUGUCAAUACUUCGUAUUACGAAUGCGCGGAUUGGAUUGGGAUUGCGAAUUACUGGAUUUGGAUUUAUUAUUCAUAUUAUGGAUUCAGAUUGCAAUAUGUGCACUUUCGUCUGAUAUGUAUAACAAUGUAUAGCUUACAAAAUUAUAAUUUUAAUUAGUACAUGGAAAAAGAAAACUAUUCAUAAUUGAGUUUUAUAUUUAAGGUCGUCUUAAGUACUGUCUUAAGAUAUCAACCAAUUACAGAGCCAGCGUAUUAGCAUCUUAAGGCAUUACCUAAGAUGAUUUUGAAAUAAGAUUCGACUAUGAAUACCGGCCUAUUUGUCUUUUAUUUUUAAAAAUUGCUGACCACGAAUCGUAUAAGCAAAGUGUAUAGGUCGUGACAACAGGUCAUGUGAUUGAAACUCGGUAUUUUAUUGGUUCGGAUCGCGGAUUUGUAUCGCAAAAAUAGAAACCCGCAUAUUCUGUGAUCUGCAAUCCAGGUCCGAAGCUGCCUCACUUUGAUUGGCUAAAUUCUGAUCCAUGAUCCCAAUCGGAUCCACGUCCACAAUACGUAGUGUGACACAAGCUUUGCGAAGAUCCAAUAUAUCAUCUAAGGCUCGAGCGUAUCUUCGAGGAUGACGGUUUUGAAAUAGCACAACGCAGUGCGAAGAUAUUCAACUUCGCAUUAUCAAUCUUCGUUCUCGUCGAAAGUUGAUGUUUGUUGUCGCCGCAGAUUCGUUUAAUAUUAUAAAGUCUGAGCAAUAUUCUCUAGAUAACAGAAAGAGAGAGAGAGACGGAAAAAGAGAGCAAUCUGAACUGGCGCGGCACGGCGACAGGCUGAACCGGCGUCGCGAGUUAAAGCUCGCGGGGACGUUUCCGGAUUUAUCCCAAAACUGAUCGAUCGUUUCGUGCGCGAAAAUGCGCAACAAAGACAGUCGCCACCUUCCUCGCGCUGCGUGCUUUAGUACGACGUGAGAGUUUUCCGCUCUCGGGGAUGUUAAUCCGCGCGAUGACGACGUAUCUCGCGAUACGUAUACACAUGCUCCGAUGAACAGAUAUCGAUCGCCCGAACUCUAAUAAUCACCGUCGUCGCAGUGCAGACCGCGCGACACGGUACGGCGCGGCGCGGCGCCCGCAUUGUACAUGUAAAUAAUCGCAAUUUGUAUAGAGCAGAUGAUAAUAAUAACAAUAAUAAUAAUGACGAGUAACGUGCAAAGAAACAUUAACAAUAUUAAUCAUUGAUGCCGAUAGUGUAGUAGGAAUUUUCUUCUCUUCGGAUAUGUAUUCAGCGUAAGAAAAAAAAAAAGAAA